AUGGGCCUGUCAAGUGGCAUGGUAUCAGAUAACCCACAGCAAGACACGGCCGAAUCUCUCCGCCAACGCCUAACCCAAACUUUCAGCGAAAAGAUCAUCGAGUCAGCCCUCGGCGAGAUAGCUCUAUAUCUCUAUAACAAUGGAGUGUCCGUUACACUCAUUACGGUGGGCGGCAUCGUGGACAUGAAACAUCUCAAGAGUUGGCAAACAAUGAACGAAGGCAUUCUCUUUGGAAAUGAUAUCAGCGUCAAGCACACCCGGACACUAGUCAAAGAGGCACGAGACAUUGUAGUCGCAAAAAGCCCCGUCAUGCUGGGCACUGAAUGGUUCAACGUGGAGAACUACUUCUGGCUGGCACCAAAGCUAUGCCACGAGCUCACGGCAGAAGCUGUAGCGCAGGAUAUUGUAGUAUACGAUAACCCAGGUCUUAAGAUACUGGCUGCGCCGUGGGAGCAUGCAUUCGCUGUGAAGGUGUCUCGACUGCUGGGGAACCAAGAAGGGGCGAACCAGCGCGCUUACUAUGAGCUGCAUGACUCUGUGCAGUAUUUGAAAGAGAUCCUGAAAAAGAAAGGCCAUGCGCGCAUCUCGUUGGCGGUUGUUAUGUCGUGGUCUAGCAAGUUUGGUCUACGUACGUGCCGCGAAUAUCUGAUCGAUGUUGUGGAUCAGGAGUACUGGAGGCAGUUUGGGCAAAAUGCUAUGUUUUGAGAUUGUAAUUCAGACCAGAUCUUAAGUAUUUCCACUUACGAGAUGU